AUGUACUUUGUCCACCGCGAUCGCUUGGUUUCAGCGCCAUUUGAAAGGGCUCGCUCGUGUGGCUGCUGCCAGCGCAUUGAAAGCACGCCCCCUUCUGUUGCAGGCCCAACGUGUGCCGGUCUCGCUUCCGCAGCUACUGCUGCCCCGGCUGGAGCAUCAAGCCCGGGACGGGGCUCUGCAUCAUCCCUCGCAGUCCAGCGCGUGACGCGCCGCGCUCUGUCCGCAGCCAUCUGCAUUCGGCCGUGCGCGCCCACCGGCCACUGCAUCAAGCCCAACGUGUGCCUGUGCGAGGGCGGUGCCGUCGCCUCGUCCUGCGGCGCGGGCGCGGGCGCGGGCGCGGGCGCGGGCGCGGGCGCGGGCGCACGCCGACCAGGCGUUUUGGGCAGCAGAUUUGGGUGUUUCGAGAUGUCAGACGCUUCGCUGCUGAAUGCUGUGUCCGCAGGACCCGGCGGAGGCGGCGAGGGCGGCGAGGGCGGCGGCGGCUGCCGAGUGGCCUGCCUCAACGGAGGCUCUUGCAGCGGCUCGCGCUGCGUGUGUCGCCCUGGCUACCAAGGCGACUUCUGCGGCGAACCCGUGUGUCAAGAAGCGUGCCUCAACGGCGGCCGGUGCAUCGGGCCCGACCGCUGCGCCUGCAUCUACGGCUUCACGGGGCACCGCUGCGAGCGAGAUUACCGAACCGGCCCUUGCUUCACUCGCGUAAAGGAUAACUCGUGCCAAGGCCAGCUGCAGGGUGUGGUGUGCACAAAGCAACUGUGUUGUGCGACUGUUGGAAAGGCAUGGGGCCAUCCAUGUGAACACUGUCCAACUCAACUUGAUUGUGACGAAGGAUUUUUGAAAAACAUACACAGCAGAGAGUGCGUAGAUAUUGAUGAAUGUGAGGCUAUACCUGGACUCUGCGAAGGAGGUAAUUGUGUUAACACUGUAGGUUCUUUCACUUGUAAAUGUUCAGAAGGCCAGACUCGAAAUGAAGAGACCAACAGGUGUGAAGAUUUGGAUGAAUGCAAAGGCAAUACUGUUUGUGAAAAUGGACAAUGUAUAAACACUGAUGGAGCAUUUUAUUGUAUUUGUAAUUCAGGGUUCAUUCCAACACCUGAUCGCAAAAAGUGUAUGGACACAAGGCAAGGAAACUGUUUCACUACCCUCACUUACAGCGGACAGUGUAAAAACCGGCUACCUUUGAAACUCUCUAGGCAGGACUGCUGUUGUGGAAUGAAUAUGGGUAAAGCGUGGGGAGACUGUGAACCAUGUCCACAGCCAGGAGAAGAACAAUACAAGAAAUUGUGUGAAGUUCCAGGACCAAUAUCACAGAUAAAUGAAUGCGCUCUAAGAGCAAAUAUAUGUGAAAAUGGUCGAUGUAUUGACAUUCCAGAAGGAUAUCGAUGUGAAUGCUUUCCAGGCUAUCAAAAAGGCCAAUCAGAAGUUUGUGAAGAUAUUGAUGAAUGUGUUGAACUGAACUUUUGCCAAGGAGGUUAUUGCACAAAUACAAUUGGAAGUUAUUCUUGUGUCUGUCCUCCUGGAUUUGAUGUUUCAUCAGAUGGUAAAUUUUGCAAAGACCAGGAUGAAUGCAGUCAUAGUGGAAUGUGUGCCAAUGGCCGUUGUAUCAACAUGGAUGGUUCAUUCCGAUGCCAGUGCAAUACUGGGUACUCUUUAUCACCCACAGGCCAUUCCUGCAUAGAUGUUGAUGAGUGCCUUGAAAACCCUCGUAUUUGCUUGAAUGGGCACUGUGAAAACACAAUUGGAUCAUACAAGUGCAACUGUCAAAAUGGUUUCAAAACAUCUGUUGAUGGUGGGUUCUGUGAAGAUAUGAAUGAAUGCACAGAGAGCAAAAUGUGUGGCAAUGGUAGAUGUGUAAAUAUGGAUGGAUCUUUCAAAUGCAUCUGUGAUUCUGGUUAUCAGCUCACACCAGAUAAAGAAAAGUGCAUUGAUAUUGAUGAAUGUAUAAGUAACCCAUGUAGACAUGGCAACUGUAUCAAUACACUUGGAAGUUUUCGCUGUGAGUGUAUGACUGGUUUUAAUUUAGGCCCUGAUGGAAGAUCCUGUCUAGACACACGUGUUGACCUGUGUUAUACGCAGUACAAUGAAGGCCAGUGCUCCAAUCCAACUGGUAUGCCCGUGUCACGAUCACGCUGUUGUUGUAUGGGUUCUGAAGAUCAACCAAUGGGCUGGGGUUCUGGUUGUCAACCCUGUAUGGCUGGUGUAUCUCCUGACUUUAAGCAGCUGUGUCCGCAUGGUGUGGGCAUGACAUACAAUGGAGAAGAUAUAAAUGAAUGUGCCCAAAAUCCAGGCAUAUGCCAGAAUGGAGCAUGUGAAAAUCUAAUUGGCACCUAUCGCUGCAUCUGUCAUGCUGGUUAUCAAAUAGACAACACCGGAAAAGUAUGUAUAGAUAUUAAUGAAUGCAUCAUGGAUGAAAUGGUGUGUCAUGGAGGACAGUGUCGGAAUACUCCUGGAAGUUUUCAGUGCAUCUGUCCAACAGGCAGCCAGUAUAAUCCCGAGACUCAUGUGUGUGAAGAUAUUGAUGAAUGCCUCGAAUUAGGACCUGAUGCUUGUGUUAAUGGGGUGUGCUUGAAUUCCAUUGGCUCUUAUGAAUGUGAAUGUGAUCCAGGAUUCAUCUUGGACAAUACGGGCCGAAUAUGUAUAGAUAACAGAAAGGGUUCUUGCUGGACCCGACUGCUUGGAGGUCGUUGUGAGAACAAUUUGCCGAAAUUGACCCUGAAAUCAGAAUGCUGUUGUUCUGUUGGGCUAGCUUGGGGUAGUCCCUGUGAAAUAUGCAAUAUUCAUGCAUGUGAAUGUCCUAAAGGUUAUGCUAAGGUGGAUGGUAAAACUUGUACAGAUAUAAAUGAAUGUGAUCUUAAUGCUGGCAUGUGUCGAGGAGGAGGAACUUGUGUUAAUACAGAUGGUUCCUUCACUUGUAUAUGCCCCCCUGGUCUAACAUUGGAUACAACAGGAACAUUGUGCCUUGAUAUGCGAGAAGAAACCUGUUACACUGAGUAUCGCUAUGGCAGUUGUGCUGGUGCCUUAGAAGGAGUAUUCUCUCGAAGCAUGUGUUGCUGUUCCGCUGUUGGCAGAGCUUGGGGUACAAAAUGUGAAGCAUGCCCUCGUCCAGGCACUCCUUUACAUCAAGAACUUUGCCCUAAGGGUCCUGGGUUUCUUGAUAGAAAGGAUAUAAAUGAAUGUACCGAAUUUGUGGGUAUGUGUGAGAAUGGUCGAUGCAAAAAUACAGUUGGAAGUUUCUACUGUCGAUGUAGUCAAGGAUAUGCUUUAGAUGAGUAUGGAAUCAAAUGCUUGGAUAUUGAUGAAUGCAACAUUAUGCAUGGGGUUUGUGGUGAUGGAGAAUGUCGCAAUGUGCCUGGUGGUUUUCAGUGUGACUGCAAAGAAGGCUAUGAGAGUAAUAUGAUGAUGCAGGUGUGCAUGGAUAUCGACGAAUGCCGUAACACUCCUGGCUUAUGUCGUGGUGGCACAUGCGUUAAUACUCCAGGAAGUUUUCGGUGUGAAUGUCCUCCUGGUCAUGAACUUGCUCCAGACAAACAGUCUUGCAAGGACAUUGAUGAAUGCUCACGCACCAGUGGAAUCUGUUCAAAUGGCGUUUGUGAAAAUAUGAUGGGAACCUAUCAAUGUGUUUGUGAUGAUGGUUACCAACAAACAGGACAAAAGUCACACUGUGAAGAUAUCGAUGAAUGUGAGACACACAAUGGUGGGUGUGAAGAUAUUUGUAUGAAUACACCAGGAAGUUACUCAUGUGCAUGUAGUGCUGGAUAUGUUCUUCUGCUUGAUGGUCGAAGCUGUACUGAUGUGGAUGAAUGCAAAGAGAAUCCUCGCAUAUGCAGUGGAGGAAAAUGCACUAACACGCAAGGCAGCUACUCCUGUAUUUGCACUAAAGGUCUCUUAGCUGGCAGGGAUGGCAGCUCCUGCAUUGAUGUGGAUGAGUGUGAGCAACAACCAAAUAUCUGUGGCAGUGGACAAUGUGAUAAUUCAUUAGGUUCAUUUCUUUGCCACUGUGAAGAAGGUUAUUCAGUGAAAGUUGGUCAAGGUCCAUCUUGCACAGAUGAUGAUGAGUGUGAGAUGGGUGACUUCAUGUGCGAUGUUAAUGCAGAAUGUACUAAUACACAGGGUUCAUUCACUUGCCAAUGUCAAGAUGGUUUCACAGGAAAUGGUAUUAUGUGCCGAGAUGUUAAUGAAUGUUUAACUAACAAUGGAGGUUGUGAUCAAAAUGCUCAAUGUAUCAACACUGAAGGGUCAUUUAGAUGUGUUUGUGAUGCUGGUUUUCGUGGUAAUGGAUAUUCUUGCCAAGACAUUGAUGAAUGUUCACAUGACUUUACACUCUGUGAAAACGGACACUGUUUGAAUUAUCCUGGGUCUUUCCGUUGUGAAUGUGAAAUGGGAUUCAUGCAUCCUGAUGACAGAAAUGACCAAGCUUGCAUUGAUAUUGAUGAAUGUCAAAUGUUCAGUAACCUAUGUGUUUACGGACGAUGUGAAAAUAUAUUUGGUAUGUUUCGGUGCCAGUGCAACAAAGGUUAUGAACUAGAUGGGUCAGGAGGAAAUUGCACAGAUGUAAAUGAAUGCAGCAGUCCAUCAGCAUGCUUGUAUGGUACAUGCAUCAACACACAAGGAAGUUACAUUUGCCAGUGUCCACCCAACUAUCAAUUGGUUCCUGAAGGAAAUGCAUGCAUUGAUCGGCGAAUGUCGCGUUGUUACUUGCAAGUUGAUACAAAAGGCGGCAGAAGAAGAUGUUAUCAAGACCUAGGGGCCUCAGUCACCAAAGCCACAUGUUGCUGCUCUGAGGGGAAGGCAUGGGGUCAUCGCUGUGAAGCUUGUCCUGCUCAAGGAUCCCCAGAAUACAAUGUCCUGUGCCCUGAAGGUCAAGGAUUUAGACCAAAUGCUACCACAGUGGUUCUUGAAGACAUCAAUGAAUGCGAAGAACUUCAGAAUUUGUGUAACAAUGGACAUUGUAUAAACACAUUUGGAAGUUUUAUGUGUAAAUGUAAUGAUGGAUUCAAAUUAGAUGCAACCAAUACUGCUUGUAUAGAUAUAAACGAAUGUGAGCAAGAUGCAAAAUUAUGUAGUCCUGGAAGGUGUAUCAAUGAAGAAGGAAGUUAUCAUUGUGUAUGUCCAGAAGGAUACAUGUUAAUUUCAAAUGGAAAGGAGUGUGUUGAUAUGCGCAAAGAUCAGUGCUUUCUGGAAUGUAGAGAUGGAGUAUGCACGCAUCCAAUGUCUCAAAACCAAACUCGCAAAGUAUGUUGCUGCUCAAUGGGAGCUGCUUGGAGUUCUGCAAGCCAACCUUGCCCUGCUCAAGGAACCGAUGACUACAAAAAACUUUGUGGAACUAAAAUGCCUGGGCAAGUCGAAAACCCAUUAAGCAAUAAAAUGGAAGACAUUGAUGAAUGUCAGUUAAUGCCAUUAAUGUGCAAUCAUGGGACAUGCAUGAAUGUUCCUGGAAGUUUCGAGUGUCAAUGUAAUCGUGGUUAUAAGUAUGACAUAGCUGCACAUCAAUGCAUUGAUGACAACGAAUGCUUUCGUGUUCCCAGUCCAUGUCAAGGAAAUGCUGAAUGUGUUAACACACCUGGUAGCUACCAAUGUGUAUGUCCUGAGGGAUACAAACUUAGUGUCAGUCAAAGGGAUUGUAUUGAUAUAAAUGAGUGUGAAGAACGCCCAGGUAUAUGUGGGAAUGGAAAUUGCACAAACUAUCAAGGCAGUUUCCAGUGUAUGUGUCAUACUGGCUAUAUGCUUAAUUCGAAUCGUGACACGUGCAUUGACAUUGAUGAGUGUCUCUGGCAUGCUAAAAUUUGCAAUAAUGGGUCCUGUGUAAACACUGUAGGAUCAUAUAAAUGUCACUGUUAUCAAGGAUUUAAGCUUAGCCCUAAUAAUGACUGUGUCGACAUUGAUGAAUGUCAUAUGUUAUCACUCUGUCGUAAUGGACGCUGUAGGAACGUGAUGGGUUCGUUUCAUUGUGAAUGUGCAUCAGGCUAUGUUUUAGCUGCUGACGGUCAGAACUGUCGAGAUGUAGAUGAAUGUCAUGAGGUGCCAGGAACAUGCCCAUCUCCUGGUAAAUGUCAGAAUCUGAUGGGUUCGUUUGUGUGUACUUGUCCACCUGGAUAUAUUCUUUCAUCAAGAAAUAACUCUUGUGAAGAUAUUGAUGAAUGUGAGGAUACUGAAGGAUUCUGCCAAGAGGGGGUAUGCACAAAUACUCUCGGUGGAGCUUCUUGUGAGUGUCCAAAUGGCUAUAAACUUAGUGAACAUGGGAUGCAGUGCAUUGACAUGAGAGAAGAAUUAUGCUAUGACUCAUACCAAAGAGGUCGUUGUUCUCUUCCUCGCAUGCAACCAAUUACUGCGAAACAGUGCUGUUGCUCCAUGGGUGCAGCUUGGGGCAGAUACUGUGAGCCCUGCCCUCCUCCAGAGUCAGCUGAAUUCCAAAGGAUGUGUCCUCGAGGCUCUGGAAGAUUAGAUGAUGGUGAAGAUUUAAAUGAAUGUUCAUUUAUGCCAAAUGCUUGUGAAGGAGGUGACUGCAUUAAUACAGAUGGAUCAUACAGAUGUGAAUGUCCCUCAGGAUAUGUUCUUGAUGCUUCUGGGAAAAAAUGCAUUGACGCAAAUGAAUGUGUAUCAAAUGUCAAUAUAUGUGGGAAUGGUACUUGUGCCAAUGUGGAAGGAGGUUUUGACUGUUCAUGUCAUGAUGGAUUUGCUCCUGGACCUCUGCAGACCUGCGAAGAUGUGAAUGAAUGUUUGGAAAUGGGCAACCAGUGUGCUUUCCGAUGUCACAAUGUUCCUGGUUCAUUCCGUUGUAUUUGUCCCUAUGGAUAUACACUUGCCCCAGAUGGUCGACACUGUCAAGAUGUGGAUGAAUGUGUCACCCCUGCUAACAAUUGUAAAUUUAUGUGCAAAAAUCUCAUUGGAACAUUUAUGUGCAUUUGCCCAGAAGGUUAUCAACAAAUAGGAAUGACAGAUGACUGUAGGGACAUAAAUGAAUGUGCUUCUGUCCCAGGCAUAUGUGAAAAUGGUAUCUGUGUUAAUCUUCAAGGAAGUUAUCGGUGUGAUUGCAAUGAAGGAUAUGAACCUAGCCAUGAUCGAAGGCAGUGUAUAGAUCGGAGAGCUGGCUACUGUUUCCGACAAUUAGUUGGAGGACGGUGUACAACCCAUGUGGAUGGACUUAUGUCUGUGACAAAAGCAGAUUGUUGUUGUACAAUGGGACAGGCUUGGGGUCCUAGGUGUGAACGCUGUCCAACUAGUAACUCAGAAGAAUACAAACAGCUAUGUCUUGAAUUAGGAUAUUCUGUAGAUGGUCAUGAUAUUGAUGAAUGCCACACUAUCCCUGAUCUGUGUCGAAAUGGACGGUGCAUAAAUACUUUGGGAUCAUACCGCUGCAUUUGCAAUAAAGGCUACAAACCUCAUCCUUCAGGAACACGAUGUCAAGAUGUGAAUGAGUGCGAUGCUGUGACUUCACCUUGCCAGUUUGCAUGCCAGAAUACUGAAGGCAGUUAUGUUUGUUCUUGUCCUGUUGGAUACGUGUUAAAUGCAGAUCACAUUUCCUGUCGUGACCUUGACGAAUGUGCUACAAGACAACAUGUAUGCUCUCAUGAAUGCAUUAAUACUCAAGGAAGUUAUAAAUGUUCUUGCCCAAAGGGUUAUAAUCAGAUAGGAGAUCAAUGCACUGAUAUUGAUGAGUGUUCUGACAAUGUAGGAGUAUGUCCUGUGCCUGGAAUGUGUAUAAAUACUCUUGGCAGUUUCAAAUGCAUGUGUCCUCGUGGUUACAGGCUUGACCCGACUGGUACAUUCUGCAUUGAUUCAGAUGAAUGCAGUGAUCCUUCAAAAUGCCAACAUGGCUGCCAGAAUAUGGUAGGAGGCUACCGUUGUCAAUGUCCAGAAGGGUUUGUACAACAUUAUUAUUACAAUCAAUGUGUUGAUGAUGAUGAGUGUCUUCAAAAUCCUUGUGGUACUGGGAAUUGUGUAAAUACAAUGGGCAGUUAUAGAUGCGGUUGUCCUGACGGUUAUCAGUAUGACACUGCUCAUUUAGUUUGUAUUCAGGUAAGCACAAGUUGUGCUGGCAGUCCUUGUGCUUUCAGUUGUACAUCUGUUGGAGGAACUCUAAUGUGUGGUUGUCCAACUGGCUAUCAGCGAAUAGGGCAGGGACAUUGUUUGUCUACAAUCAAUCCUGCAGCUGCUCAAGGCUACAGUACAGAAGACAUAGGAAAUGUUCCUACCUUCCCUAUUGAACCUGACCCAUAUCAAAAUUCACAUGAUAAAAUUAUAUCAACAGAAGGAUGCUUUUCUUGCAAGCUGAAUGGAAAGAGCCGCCAUAGACGAAUGGUUGGUAGAAACUCUUCAGCUGACCAAAACAUUGUUGGUUCUCACUCCAAGUCAAGUAGAGCAAACAAGAUGCAAGGAUUACUUCGAAGUCUACCCGGAACUAGGCGAGUUCGUCAUCAUCAUGAUCGAAAGCAGCUAAUAUUGGAAGUGAGAUUAAAUCAGACUCAACACAGAGUUCAUAUUUUGAAGUUGCAACCGGCAAUCCGGGGUGACUUUGAAUAUGUAAUUACACAUGGAAAUAAAGGCCAUGUUUUUGAGAUGAUGAAAAGACAUGGUGUAUGGGCUAUACAUUUCAGAAGACGCAUAAAACGUCCAAAUGUAUUUAAUCUCAAAAUAGAAGGUGUACCAACAAAAGAUGUAAUAAAUGAGACAUGGGAGAAACCUCUCUCAUUUCACAUACAGAUAAUUGUGGUUUCAUAAAAUUGUAAAAUUAAAAGUACCUAUAAUGAAAUUACAUACUUUUAGUAAAAUAAUUCACAAGGGGUAAAACCAUGCUGAUCUUUUAUAUGGCAUAUUUAAAUUUAAAAAAAAAUAUGGGUUUUCAUAUCGAAGUUUUCAGAAAAUAAUUUUUUUCAUUUAGAUUUGUCAUUCUGCAGGUAUAAGUUGUGACUGAACAUGGAAUAUAGUAUUAUUCACUUUGUGCAUUCCAUAGUUUCCAUUCAAAAGAAUGGGUAGUAUUGACAAAAAUCAAAAUUUGCAUUAUAAGACUUUUUGAAUUGUAGAACAGUUUUGUGUUAUUCAGCAUUACAUUUUAAGCUUUGUGCAAUAUAUACAUUUAGUUUUGUUUGAAAAUUCAGUUAAAAAACUUAAGAACAAAAGAUUCAAUUAUAUUUUUCAUUUCUCUUAUUUAUUGAUUUUGCCUCACUUCCAUAAUAUUGAUUAGUAAGUUGUCAUGUUUUUCAUACUAAAUUCCAGAUCUAUUAAAAUAUUCUAAUAAGUGUAUGCUUGUACAUAUUUUACUUGACACUUGUAGAUUUUCAUUAUGAUAGUUACGCUUAUGCGAUACCAAUAUUUUUAUAUAACUAUCUUUCUUUAAGACUCAUGUUUUAAUUGUGUGUCUGUUUUAUGUGUAUGUGUUUAUUUUCAGCCCUCUUAGACUUAUUUAUUUGUACAUAAAUAGACAUGAGAACACAGAUUACAAUAAAAUAAUAAUUUUACUCAUGAAGGGGUUGAGAAAAAGAUAUUAUAAUGAAAUUAUAAGAUAGAAGAUAAAAGACAGUUUUUAAAAAACUUUUCAACAUUUCAUUAUUACCUUGAACAAAUAUUAGAAUUUCAAAUGUAUAUCUCUGAUUGCAGAAAGUACUUUUAUGAAAAAUAAAAAAUUAAAUCAAUAAUAUUUCUUAAAAUAUUAAAGAAAAGUGUUCAAUGGGCUGUGAUAGAAAGGGCAUUUGUCUAUCCAAUAGUCUUGGACGAUAUUGAAAUAUUUUCAAAAAAUAAUAUUGUCUUGUAUAUAAUUAAAAGACGAGUGCUGUGAACAAAAGUUUGAAUUAUCCAGAGCAUUUAUGUUUUAAAGUCAGCAUUUAACUGCCAAAUGUGUGUUGUUUUGCAUUAUUUCUAAGCAUUUUUGAAUUCAUAAGUGAGAGAAAAAAGAAAUUUUGCAGAUGCCUACUGACAAUACACAGUUAGUCUGGUUAGUCAAAGACCAAGAGGCUGAAACAGCCAACUUAUUACUUAAGUUGAAUGUUUUUUUUUUUUUUUUUUUGUAUUUUUUCCUUUCGUUUAUCAAUGUUUUACUUGUUACAUAUUCACAUGACAGAAUUCAGUUUUCAGCUAAGAUGAUGGAAUAAUGAAUUUUGUCAGUUUGGCAGCUGUGAAAGAAAUUAUUAUUGGAGCGAAGGCUUGUAGUAGAUAGAGAAGAAAUAGAUGUUUUAACAUAUUAAAUAACUUUAGAAUAAUUUAUAAGUUUUUGUAAUAAUGCUUAUUUUUUUUAAGGAAAAUGAAUCUCAAAUACUGAAAUACUUAUUGAAAUGUUUAAUAGGAAGUAGUACUUUUAAAAUGUAUUGUAAAUACAUAAUAAGAUAAUUGUAAAAAGUAAUUUGUGCAUGAUACAUGCAUGGUAUACCGUCCUAAUAUCAUAACUCUACACACACAACUUAUUGAGGAACUUUAGUGCUUACGAGAACUUUCAAUAAGUAUUUUCCAUUUUGGUAUACUAAAUACUGAUGCAACUAUUUCAUGAAUUGAUACUGGGUGUGUUCUUUCCAAUUUUGUUUGUGAUACUCUUUAAAAUGCCAUCUUUUUAGGUAAAUGGGUGGUGGAAAUUUAUUCAACGACAAUGGUGUGGUUGUUUAGAUGAAGCUGAAUGUUUUAUGUGUUACGAAAUAGAAGAAUUAUUGUAUUUGACACGAGAAUGAUUCCGUGUGCUCUAAAUUAGAUGUUCUAUGUAUCACUGCCUUCAUUUUUUACUGCUGUUUUAUGUGAUUUAAUUAACUGUGGUGAAAUCCAUGUUUGUAGUGAAUAUUAUUGUUUUGUAUCAUAGAAGUGUGUAUACUAUUGAAAUAAAAUAAAUUAAAAGAAUUUUGAGUGUAA